GCCGGCCGGCCGCACCGCACCGCAACGCAACGAUUGCUCAGCACGGAAGGCGUCGAGAAGACCGUCGAAGGCCAUGACCUAAUCGAUUCCCACCCUCGCCCUCCACCGGCCCGCUGCAAAGAGGGCGGUGUGUCGCACUUUUGUCACGCGGACCGUACGAAGUAGGCGGCGCCGACACUCCUCUUCCUCUGCGUGUACGUAUGUGUGUCUCUCCCUGUGCUGUAUUGUAAAUGCAUUUCCCAUCGUCCGUCCCCCCUGUCGCGUCUGACUGACUGACUGGUCUGGUUCGGAUCCGGGGAGAGCAACGGAAAAGAAGGCGGCGUGUAGUUACAGUACAUACGUAGUGCGGCGCGGGGUGUUGUUGGGUUGGGUUGGAUUGGUAAUGAUGCGCGCGCGACGGUCGGUUGUCGCACAGCUGCUACCAAGUAUUUAUUACCAAGUGCCUUCUCCAAGGUAUAAUAGUCAAGGUACCUAAGGUACUUACCUGUACUGUACUAUACUGUACUACAUACCUGCCCAGUGCGUCUUUGUCGACUUUUGUCGCAACCGGCGCCCCGUCCCGAACAGCAAAAAACUCUCUGGAUGACACCAUUUCCUGCCAUUGUGACGAGAACCCCUCUGGCUCUUUUUGAUUGACUCGCUACGUAGUGGGUGCUCGGCAGCUGCAACCUCUUCUGUUUUUUUUUCUUUAAAGUGGGCAUCCAUCGCCUAUUCUAGCGCAUCGCGGAUCCCUUCCAAGCGUUUUCUACAGCGCCGCGCCCCAGCCCUGGUCUUGGUCUUCCCAUCUCCACAUCGCACACGCAUUGGCGACGCGAAGACAAGGAAGGUCCCGUCUCCUCCUCCUACCUGCCUGAUCCCGGGAAACCCCCUCUACUAUUACGAAGUAGAGCCCUCUGGGGAAAAUAUCAAUAUCUACUACUCUCGUCCCCCUCCUUCUUCUCGCCCGUCUUCUCCUCUCCUCUCCAAUUUCCUCAUUGCUCGUCGCUCCCGCAACCCCCAUCCCUCGACCGGAUCAUCGCUCGCUCGGUUCCGCUGAUCGACGCCAUCGACGACCCCCUCCAUCCGGCUUUUCGCCCGGGGACCUGCAGCCAAUACCACCACCUCGUCUACCACCGCCACCACCGCGCAGCCGCACGUCCCGCGCCCAACGAGGAAGCUCUUCCAGCUCCCUUCUUAUACCAUACAAACCACCUCCAAAGAACCAGCGAGCGUCGUCGCAACAGCAGCAGGAACAGCAGGACCAGCGCCAGCACCAACACCUGCCCAUCAUGUCGCCGCCCAUCGCCACCGACAACCCCGUCAGCACCCCGCCGCGCCCCCCGACCCCGGUCCACGGCUUCGGCACCCUCGCCGUCCACGCCGGCUCCCCUCACGACCCCGCGACCGGUGCCGUCAUUGAGCCCAUCUCGCUUUCCACCACCUUUGCCCAGACCGCCGUCGGCAAGCCCGUCGGUGACUACGAGUACUCGCGCUCUUCCAACCCCAACCGCACCAACUUCGAAGCCGCCGUCGCCGCUCUCGAGCACGCCCGCUACGCCCUCGCCUUCUCCAGCGGCAGCGCCACCACCGCAAACAUCCUCCAGAGCCUGGCUGCCGGCAGCCACGUCAUCUCCGUCUCCGACGUCUACGGCGGCACCCACCGCUACUUCACCCAGGUCGCCAAGGCCCACGGCGUCAAGGUCACCUUUACCCCCGAGAUCGAGGUGGACAUCAGCGAGCACAUCACCGACCAGACCCGCCUCAUCUGGAUCGAGUCGCCCUCCAACCCCACCCUGCGUCUCGUCGACAUCCGCGCCGUCGUGUCCGAGGCGCACAAGCACGGCAUCCUCGUCGUCGUCGACAACACCUUCCUCUCCCCCUACGUCCAGAACCCUCUCGACCUCGGCGCCGACAUUGUCGUCCACUCCGUCACAAAGUACAUCAAUGGCCACAGCGACGUCGUCAUGGGCGUCGCCGCCUUCAACAGCGACGACCUCAAGGCCCGCCUGAGCUUCCUCCAAAACGCCAUUGGCGCCGUCCCCUCGGCCUUUGACGCCUGGCUUGCCCACCGUGGCCUCAAGACGCUGCACCUGCGCGCCCGCGCCGCCUCUCAAAACGCGACCACGGUCGGCCACGCCCUCGAGGCCUCGCCCCACGUCAUCGCCGUCAACUAUCCCGGCCUCGACUCCCACCCCCACCGCCACAUCGCCAAAAAGCAGCACCGCGACGGCAUGGGCGGCGGCAUGCUGUCCUUCCGCAUCCGUGGCGGCCACGCCGCUGCCGAGCGCUUCUGCCAGCUCACCAAGAUCUUCACCUUGGCAGAGAGUUUGGGCGGCGUUGAGUCCCUCGUCGAGCUUCCCAGCAGCAUGACCCACGCCGGCAUCCCCCGCGACCAGCGCGAGGCCGUCGGCGUCUUCGAUGACCUCGUGCGCCUGAGCUGCGGCGUCGAGGAGGCCGAGGACCUCAAGAACGACGUGCUUCAGGCCCUCGAGAAGGCCGUCAAGGGCCCCGCCGCCAAUGGCGUCGCCAACGGCGUCAACGGCCAAUAGGCGCUGGCACAGGCAUUUGUCUUUUCUUGUUUGCUCUCUCCAAAAAAAAAAAUCAUCAAUCAUGCCAGUGCCUCGACAAAAUAUCUAGAGGUUUAGAGGACAGGACGAAAGGGGCCCCGACGAGCCGUGGCGGCGAGUCGAAUCGUGUGGCAAGGCCACGAUGAGCUGUCGAACGGCUUCCCUCAGUCGCAGCGAAGUGGCGUUAUCUUUGGGUUGUCACACGGCCCUCUCCACUGGCGGUGGGGGCAUUAAUGGGAUCUCAGUUCAAAGAGAAGCUCGGUGCAUGCACGCAGCGAAAUCUGAUUAUAGGUACGGGAUAGGAAUGCAUCUUCCAAGGACGAGCCAUGUAUGCUCUCUUAUAUACAAGCAGAGACGCAAGCCGAUCCGAUCCGAGUGUGGGGGAGGGGUAUAUUAGCUGCAUCAAUAAAAGAGACCAAAGUGGGAGAAAACGCG